AUGGAGAAGAUUAAAGCUCCUAAGAACUUUACUCUGUCACGGGAGAGCAUGAACGCUGCUCUAGAUGCCCUCCGAGCUGGGCGAUCGGUGGGAGAGACUACCCAGAGGGCUGCUAAAGUCAUUUCCUCCAGGUCGGCUGGCCGACCUGCUGCUCCAGCUCUGGUUCCUUCUCGAGCUUCCAGGCCAAGCUCUCGAGGUGUUAGGACCUCUAGACCUCCCCGCCGUAGCGGGUCAAGUUCGGCUCCCCAAUCUGCUCAAGCCCCCAGGUCCCCACAGACCUCUACUGCGGGGACAAAGAAGGCUCCAAAGGUUACUGCCAGGACCACUGAAGGCACCGAACUGGUGAGGGCAGAUUCUGCUUUGCCUUCUGGGGAUGUUUCCGAGGAGAGGCUCGAGACCUCUACAACUGAUGAGAGGGUUCCUGAAGGGGGGAUGGAGAUUAUCCCCGCUGGUGAAAGUGUCCAGGGGGCUUCUGUUGAGGUCGCCCCUGUUAUCGAGGAGGGGGAGCCCGGGCCAAUUAAUGAAGUUGUCUCUAAGGGCGCUGUGAAGGGGGCCGGGAGCAAGCGUCCUCCUCCUUCUAAAGUUCCUACCCCGGCUCCUGCUUCUAAGAAGUCCCGGACCUCCAAGAGACCAGCUCCAGCUCUGCCUCCUCUUGAGAAGGAGAAAACUUAUGUGGUGCCUCUGCUGUCUGCCCCCGACAACGAUAUUAUGAACGCGGAGGAUAUCACUCACCAAUCUCCGGCGAGCGUUGUUGUAGAGAUCUUGCGGGAGCAGAUGUUUGGCGGGACCACAGAAGCUUCGGAUCCUCGUCUGCUUGCUCUCACUGGCCUUUUGGCGAGUUCUACACGAGAGCAAGUAGCAUUCCGGUCUCGGACUCUGGAGGAGCUCGGAGGCACAAUUAGGGAGAUGCUUCUGAUGGUGGACGCCCGCGACGAGUCCACUCGGAGUACAGUAGACCGUCGGAUCGAGGAGGCGCGCCUUGAAGAGAAUCUGACUGCGACCAACGAUGCCCGGGGUCACCUUGCAGCAGCUCAGGAGCAUAUGAAGACCCUUCGGGAGGAGCUGGCCCAUACCAAGGAGGCUCUGGAGGGGGCUAAUAAGAGGGCAGCUGCUGCGGAGGUCCGUCGUGAUGAGGCCUUGGAGCAGCUGUCCUCCUUAGAAGAAGCUCAAAAGGAGAGGGAUGAGGCCGUGAGCAAAGGGAUGAGGCCCGGCACCAACACGAGUUAUUGA